CCAAAGGGCACCUGACAAUGACCUUCACCUUGUAACAACGUGAAGCUCUUCAACGAGAUACGACAGAUCGAUUUAGAAAGAAGUCAAAAUGUCGUACAAAACUUUACCACUUCUAUUUAUUAACCUCGGUGGUGAAAUGAUUUAUAUUUUGGAUCAAAGACUAAGAGCUCAAAACAUCCCAAAUGAAAAAUCAAGAAAAGUUCUACAUGAUAUCAUAUCUACAAUGUUCCACAAAAGAUUCAUGGAGGAGUUAUUUAAGCCCCAACCUCUGUAUUCCAAGAAAGCCAUGAGGACAGUGUUUGACAGACUAGCUCAUGCCUCAAUCAUGAGACUGAAUGCUCCAAGCAUGGACAAACUAUAUGACCUUAUGACAAUGGCCUUUAAGUAUCAGGUGUCACUUUGUCUGAGGCCAAAAGAAAUCAUACUGAUCACCUUAAAUCACAUGGACGCCAUCCGUGCCUUUGUUGAGGGUCAACCAAACAUCAAGCAACAGGUUGAUCAUGUCUACAGGCUGCUCAUAGAGACUUUUGGAUCCCUCUCAGUAGGAGAAUUUCAGCUUAUAAGACAGACACUUCUAAAUUUUUUCCAAGAUAUGCAUAUCAGGGUUUCAAUAUUCCUCAAGGACAAAGUUCAAAAUAGCAAUGGUCGCUUUGUUUUACCAGCAGGUGGUGCUGUGCCUUAUGGAGCCGAGAUUCCAGGAACCAUUAAGUUAUUCAAUGCCAGUGGUGCUGAAGUUAAAACCUCUUCCUUCCCCCCGGGGGGAAGCUAUCAGCCCUCUCAGGGUGACGGCUCUCUGGACAUCAUGGGGAACAGAAUCACGACCCUAGGAACCAAUAUGUACAUACAUGCCUAUGGCCAACAGUAUUCUGUUUCGAGGCCAGUAGAAAUCAGUGGAUCAAAUCGCACGUCUAAAUCUACACCCACUCUGUCUGAUAUUGAAUCAGCGACACCAGAUCCAAUGGCCAAAGCUCAGUUAGAUCUUCUUUGUCAGCUAAUUGGAAGCUCUGCCGCCAAAUCAGAAAUCCGACUCAAUCUGUUCAAAACAGAUGAAGAGGAAGAGCAAGCUUCUGUAGCAAGCAUUCAACCUGUUGACCAUGCUCAGUCAAAAGUAGUCAACAUUGAUCUCAAGAAAAAUAAAAAUGACGAGCUGAGCAGGAUAGCAGGGGAAUUGUCAAUUCAAGGCAACCAGAAUGAGGAUGAAGAUGACCUUUUGAACUUGAUGGACAGUGCAUGAUGGGUAGAAAUAGUGCAUUAUGGGAAAGUAGCCUGCUGGACCAGACUUCUUUGAAAUCCGUGACAGAAGCUGCAAUAUUUUUGUCUCAAUGACAUUUAAAUGUUUGUUGCAAUUAAGAGUUAAUAGUUUUUAUUUAAAAAAAGAAAAUGUCUGCAUUUUUGCUCACUUGAUACCUAAAUGGUUUUGGAUUUGUUUGGAAUCACUCACAUACCCCCACAAGAUUUCUUUUUUAAUUUUGUGUACAAUUCGUUCUGAAAAUUUCCAUUAGUUUUCCAAGUGUGAUGCAUUUAGAUUUAUGUUUAUAAUGUUCAAAACUAAGUAAGACAUCAAUGUAAUAUUUCUUUUAUUUGAAUCAUUGUAAAACUCAGUUUUACCAAAAGGAUGACAUGUAUUGAUCAGUGUGUUCUUACCUGACCUUUGUAUGAGAUAGAUCUGAGAAGACUUCAGUGAAAGUAAUACAUUAGAAUUGAAGGCCAAAAUAGAAAUCAGCCAACAUGAACAUUCUCCAACAAACCAUAUUCAUCAGUUGUCAGGGACUCUGUCUCUCAAUCAUGUGUUUGUUUUCCUGUGUAUUAGUAUUACAUGUACCAGUAUUUGCAUGUGUCACACAUUCCUCUGUUAUUCUGAAUUUGUUUGUAAGAGAUUCAUAUGAUAAAAUCAAAAGAAAUUGAAUAUUUGCAUAAAUUGCUGUGUAUGAAGGUUCAUCUAUGAUUUAUACUGGGUUUAAUUCAAAGGAAAAAAAUUAUUCUCAUAUUACAUUUAUUGCCUUUGAGAACUUUAAAAAUUGUAAAAGUACUUUGUGGUUACUUUUACAUGUGCAUGCACUUCAUAACAUGAUUUUUUUUAUACACAUGUAUAAACUGAAAUCUUGUCUCAGAUUUGAAAGUAAGUUAUAAUGCAUGUGAUGUCCUUUGAAUUUGAUAGCUUAAUUUAAUUGCUACAAGCAAUGUAGUUGGCAUCUGUGAUUAAUAUAUUUAAAAGACUUAGUAAAUAUUUUUUUCAAAAAUAUUUAAUUUUAAAAAUAUUGAUUUAACUACAAUUCAUAAUUUUUAAGCAGUUUACAGUACUAAUAAGGUUAGGUACCCUGUGAGAAAUCGUCAAUGAGAUACACUCCGUAAUCUUGGAAAAAUAACUCGGAAUGAAAUUUGUUAUUUUAUAUAGAAACCAAUCCAGUCAUUAAAUUUUACUUAGCUAUUGGUAAGGAGUGUCUCAAAGUGAAGGGGGUGGGGGUCAAAUGAAAUCUUAAUAACCAGAGAAUUCUGCUUAAAAAGGUAGAUAUUGCUAUGUUUAUAACUGUGAUACUAAUAUUGUAUAAAAUAUUUCUUAACAGAGAUGUGGCCCUCUGCAAAAAAGUAACUGUAAAACUCAUGUUACUUUAUUGUUUUGACUUCAACAAUGUGUAAUCUCAGAAUAGCUUUUUAUGAUUUUUGUGAUGUUAAUGUUUAAGGUUCAUUGACCCUUUGACAAGGGAGAUAACCCUAAAUAAAUGACCAUUAUAUUCCUUUAUAAAAUUUUUCAGAUUGAAAGAUCAAUUUAUUUCAGAUUUGCACUACUCAGUAUGCUGCAUUUGAGAACAUUUUAAUUAUAACUUAGCUUUUGAAAAAUCAUUACCAUUAAAGCAAAAUUUUUAAAGAGUGAACAGAAGUACAUUGAAUGUAAAUUCAAUCCACUUUAUUUAGUUGUCAUGAUUGAAGGAGAAAUGCUUACGGUUCAGCUUGUCCUCAAGACAUUGUAGUAAAGAAAUAUAUAAUGCAAGUAGAUAUUACAAAGUAUGUUACAAAUAUAUUGCACAUUUUACUAAUUUAGUUGUGAAUUAUCAUUUUUUAGGAAACUUUCCAGUGUAUUACAUGUAAUCAGGAAUGACAUUUUAUCACCUCUAUUUUAUUUCCUUCUAUUUUUACAGUAGAGAAUAUGUAAAUAUACAUGUAUGAUUUAUUACAUGUUGAAGCAUAGAGUACAAUGAAAAAAUUGUGAGCAAGAUACUUGCAGAUUUUGUAAUAUUUGUGUAAAGUAUACAAAUGGUGAAUCCGUCCAUUGUUUACAUGUUUUUUUUUUUGUGUGUGUUGAAGAGUUAUUGUUCCCUCUGUUAUGCUAUGAAUCUCCAUAUUAAGGUGAUAGUGACAGAGCUGUGUCAAAAGCAUUUUGUGCAAUUAUGAGAGUAUUUGAUGAUGUCACCUUCACAUGUUUAUUGUCAAUAAAGGUGUAUUUUUAUUGUAA